GUGGAUUACUACCUUGAAGGAGCGAUGGAGUAGGCGGUCGUGUUCAUCUUAUUUGUCCUAAGUUGAACUCGCGUCGUUCAUCAGAUGACUUGCGCGUUAUUUGAGAUCGAGUCAACUGCUUUUCGCCAUUCCAGCGCACGGACACGAUCACAGUCACAGUAGACGUGCAUCAUGGUGGCCAGGGCAGCUCUGAGCAGAGGCUUUGCCUGCCAUCGUCUCAGUCAACACAUCACCCUGUAUGUCAAUGAGCUGGCACCACAAGUGUCACCAGGUCGUCCAAUACAGGAAGCCACUCUGGGUCACAAACCACUGACACUCAUGCUGCCAUGGAAGGGGGCACGUCCUCAGGCUGUGGCCAAGUACUGUGAAAUCUACCUCCGCACGGGAUUCGAUGUGCUGGUCGUGGAGAGUGAGGUGAAAGACUUCCUAUGGCCUCAGUGGGGUCUGGCUCGAGGGAAGAGCAUCCUAGAUUUGCUUCACUCCGACCUCUUCGUUUCCAGACCGCUGUUCGUCCAUGCCUUCUCCAUUGGCGGUUACACUUUUGGACAGAUGCUGGUGCAUGUGUUGCAGGACACGCAGAAAUACGAGCAACUCACCAGGAGGAUCAAAGGUCAAGUGUUUGAUAGCAUAGUGAUCGGCUCCCUGGAAAAGAUGGCCACAGGACUUGGAAAGACCGUCUUCCCCCGUUUGGAGUCCUUAAUCAAACACACAAGCCUCCUUUAUUUCAGUUUAUUCGAGCAGCAGACGGUAGCCUACUUUAACAGGAGCAUCGAGGCUUGUAGAAACACUCCAGUCAAGGCUCCAGCUCUGUUCUUCUACUGCGACAAUGACGCGAUGAGCGACUCGGAAGCAGUGGAGGAAUUGAUGGCCUUGUGGCGGAAGCAUGGGAUCACGGUAGCCGGCAAGAGGUGGGAGAAGUCCCAACACGCGGGCCACCUAAAGACUCACCCGCAGGAGUACCUGACCACCCUGGACAUCUUUCUCCAUUCACUGAAUAUGAGUCCGCUGAAGGCAAAGAUGUAGUGCUGAGACGCGGACUGCUCCGUUACAACCUUGAAGACACUUGAAACUGCCGUAAAUACGUACACUACAGAAGUCAUAUUUAUGUUUGUGUUUUUUUGUAUCCCAAUAUUCUGUGUCAUUAUCUCACCAUGUCCCCAUCAUUCAAGGUAUUACAUACUCAUACUCCGAGAAACACAACUGCGUGUCUCCUGGAAAGUCUCUCCAGGAGAAAGUUCUCCUGAAAAUCUCUGUCCUGUGGGCAAGUAACUCAGAAUGUUAAAAGAGAUUUCCCUGGGCGUUUCCGAACAAGUUCAGAAUGGCUUUAGAAACACGUGAUUCCAUUUUACCUUCUGGAUCCACGUGUCUUGCGGAUGACACAUUGAGCCGUUGUGUUGUGAUGCAUCAGAUCCAUUUGCAUAAUUGAAACCUUUUAGUGUUUCAGCAUCACCAAAGACAGUUGCUUGAGACCUGCCAACUUCAAUGCAGCAGUGUUACCUGCCCGCUGCAACUGGCCCUCUGUUUGGAGAAACAGACAAUCGAGAAUGAGCCUUAAAUGUUGGACAGUGAUACUGAGGAUUACAUGAUGGUUGUUCAUGAUCUGCUUGGUCGAAGCAGUAUUACGUUCCAUAAAAUAAAAUGGUAUUGUUAUUUAAAGCAAAAUGAAUGUUGGUUCAUCGUCAUGUUUGUGUAUAAAGUCAGUAAUGAAGGUAUUAAAAACAAGUAGCCACUUAACAAUGAGACUUCAGUCUGUGCUGUCCUCCAAAUUCGUCAGAUGUUUAUAAAGUAAAAUGUCAAUGACAAUGUUUUUUUCUGCAUAAAAACUUCUCUUUAACCUUUGCUGGGAUUUCAUUUCUGUUAUGGUGUUUGUGCCUUAAAAAGCUGUCUUGUGCCAUCACAACAUGAGUGUCUCUGUUUUGUUGUGCACGUGU